UAUAUUCCCCGUCUUCUUCUUCCCCUCUCAAAUUCAUCAGAAUUUUCGAGAGAGAGAGAGAGAUAGAGAGAGAUUACGAUCUUUGAGAAUGCAGACUCAGACGAGAACAGUACGAGUUGGGAACAUCUCGGAUCUAGCUGGAGAGCGAGAGGUUCGAGAAUUCUUCUCGUUUUCUGGCGACAUUGAGCACGUUGAUGUUCAAAGGUUUUGUGAACCUGGAUCUCGGAGAACUGCGUUUGUUACAUUUAAAGAUCCAAAGGCGCUGGAGAUUGCAUUGUUUUUAUCAGGAGCUACAAUUGUAGACCAGAUAGUAAGCGUAACUUCAGCUGAAAAUUACACCCCCAAAGUCGAGGAGGAAUUUGUACUCGGGCAGGUGACGAAUCUAACGACUGUGACUCAUCUUGGGGAUAAUGUGCCAACUAUUGAGGCUAGAAGUAGUCACGGCAGUGGAUGCAUAAAUGUCACUAAAGCACAAGAAAUUGUAACUAGUAUGCUGGCACGGGGUUCAGCAAUCCGGCAAGACGCCGUGAGCAAAGCCAGGGCAUUCGAUGAGAAGCAUAACUUGACUGCCAGUGCAUCUGCUAAGGUCAUCUCCUUUGAUAAGCGUGUGGGUCUUUCUGAGAAGAUAACAGUGGGAAUCACAGUUGUGAAUGAGAAAAUGAGAUCUGUUGAUCAAAGACUUCAGGUUUCUGAUAAAACAAUGGCUGCCUUAACUGUCGCUGAGCGAAGGUUGGUUAAUACAAGCACAACUGUAAAAACAAACAGGUAUGUUACUGCUGGAACAGCAUGGUUGAACGGUGCAUUUGGCAAGGUUGCAAAGGUUGGUCACGUGGCUGGUAUGAAAACCAAAGAGAAAUUCCAAUUAGCAGUAUCAAACAUGAGUGCAAAGGAGUCAAUAGUUGCUGCAUAAGCCAGUUAAUUCUGGGGGUGGUAACUUGGGGUACAACUACUUGGUGCAGAAAUUAGUUUGGUGAGGUUUACAUUACAGUAGAGUUUUCAUGUUGAAGCUGGUGGCACUGGAUGCAAUGAGUAGUACAUGGCUCCACAAAAGAAGCGUGCUUAAUUUUGUUCUGCUUUGUUUGUUAUGUGCCUUUAUUCAUUUAUUUCAUUUCAUUUUACAUUUUCAUUAUGUAUCUAGUUUUUUAUUUGUUAUUGUGUUUUCUUUGUGCUGUAACAUUAAUGUAAAACAUUCUUUUUGACGACUCUGAAUGAAAUGGAAAGCUCUGAAUAUUCUCGA